CGGAGUGGUUGUGAAUAUUAGAUUGUAGGGAGUGUACUGCUAAAAGGACUGUUAGCGGAAUGUCGUAGAAAUUUAUUUGAUGUAUUAGUAGCAAUUGUCAUUUAAAACACCGGGAAACUAAAGAAUAAUGUGAUAGAAACAAGAGAUUUUUAUAAAAGUAACAGGUAUAUAUUUCUUUUUGUUUUAAUAUGGCGGCCUUGAUGAUCGUCUGGUUUGUUGUAUUUGUUUUCUGUCGUACGGCUGCUACUUCCAUUAUCGGAGGAACAAUUCGCGAAGAAGUGAUAUUGACAAUAGAAAAUAGCCCUUAUCGAGUCGAUAAAGAUAUUAUUAUUGAAAAAGAAGGCAAUUUGACGAUAGAUGCAGGCGUCCAGCUCCUUUUCUCACCUGGCACAGGUGUGACGGUUCGAGGUACAUUGAUUGCUAAGGGAGGUGUAGAAAAGGAAAAUAGGAUAUUAUUUACCCGUAGAGUGGUAUCAAUUAUCGAAUAUUCGACAGAUUUGCCUAGAUGGUCACAGAUUCGCCUUGUAGAUGGUAAUUCCAUAUUAGAAGGACGAUUACAGAUAUUUUACAAGGAUAAAUGGAGAUCAGUUUGCACAAAUUCCAAGAAUUGGACAGAGGUGGAUUUACACGUAAUUUGUCAACAGUUAGGUUUUUCGGGAGGAUCAAUUUAUCAUUGGUUCCAACGUAAUAAAGCAGAUAGUCAACUUAUGUAUCAAAAUCCUAAUUGCAGUGGACGAGAACUAUCUAUUUCAGAAUGUCCAAAUUGGAAUAAAAGAAAAUUAGGAAAUGGAAUAUGCGACUUCCAUUUCGAUAUUGGGAUUCAAUGCCAACCUCUCUUACAAUCAGAAGUUCAGUCGUAUUGGAGGGGAAUAUCUUUCGAAAAUGCGCUCAACGAACGAAAAAUACAGAAUGAUAAAAUUGUUUAUCGCAAAGAAUCUUCGUCAAUUUUACAAAAUGUUGAUAUAUUAUAUGCUGGCAGAGAUGCAGAUAAUAAAGCUGUUUCUGCUUUGCAAAUAAGAGGAGUGCCACCUGAAAUGAAAGGCCUCAACAUCCGUUGGUCUGCUUUUAACGGAAUUAAUAUUACCCAGCCUCAGGAAGCUUUAAAUAUCGAAAACUCCACGAUUGCUAAUAAUAGAGGUUUUGGCAUAUAUAUUAACACUAGCAAUGGAAUGGUUAAUUUACAUCAAGUGGAAGUCAAAGAUAACGGAGGUGAUGGAAUACGUUACGUUUUUCACGAUCCUUAUAUUGUAGUCAAAGAAACUUUUUGUCAAACUGUAAAUCUAGGAACAAAACAGAAAUAUCCUUUUGUACUUAGUCAAUAUCAGGAACGGUACAGAACAAAUUAUCAACCAUGUAAAAAGUUAUUUCAAGUGAAUGGCAAUAUGGGUCAUACUCUCACGAUUCAUUUCCCAGUCAUAAUAAGCGAUGAAGCUGAUGAACAAUAUGCUGGUAAAAUUGAAGUUUUUGAUGGAUAUACUGAUAGUAACCAACUCCUAGCAGUAUUUAAAAUAAUUAACGGGACAAGACCUCAGAGCGUUACAAGUACUAGGAACAGCAUUUAUAUGCAUUAUCAUCCACCGAUAGAUAGCAUGGUUUUAUUUACUAUCGAAGUUGAAGCAAAUAUAGGUAAGGCAUAUGAUUUAAAUUUAACCGAUUGUAUUAUUGCAAAUAACAAUGGAAGAGGUUUGGCAGUGGAAAAUCAAAGAUCAGGCACAUUUAUUAAUUGGACACACAUCACUGGUAGUAACCAUAUAGGAGGUGUUAAUAUUCUCGAUGGAUGUGGAGAUGUUGUUGUUAACAAUAGUGACAUAAAUGGUAAUAUUGGAGAUGGCAUCAACAUUUCUUAUGCUGGAGGAUUCAGACAUUUUGACAGAUCACGUUUCUCAAAUAACACAGGCAACGGUAUAUCACUUUGGUUUAAUGAAACAUCUCAUAACCGAGUUUUCAAUUUUACUACUCAUUUAUCUUAUUCCACCUUUUCUAAUAAUGAAAUAGGUGUAUUUAUUGGUAAUAUUUGUUUAGAAAAUUCUUUAUGGAAUAUUAGCAUGAAUACUUUCAGUUUUCAAAGGAACCACAGCAUACAUUUUCUUUCCUGUCUUAUGGAAAACACUUCGAAAAAAAGUUCUCUCCAAAUUUUCAAUAAUAAAUUCGAAUAUAAUCAAAGACUGUCCAUUCAUAUUGUACCAGCUCUAAAUAUCCAUGCUGUAAUACAACACAAUAGAUUCACUAAUCACGAAAGAGGAGUUUUAUUGAUUUCCAAUCAAGGUUUAUAUCAGGUUAGUUCAAUAUCGUCAAUAGUAGAAAUUGCUUUCAAUGAAUUUACCGAGAAUAAAGGAACGUUUGUGUGCAGUGUCGGCUUGUCAGAAAAUAGUUUGGAACAACAAUUAAAUUUCACCAAAAACCGACUGUUCAAUAAUAUAAUCAAAGAACCAUUUGCUAGUUUGAAUCCUCGAUCGAGAGCAGCUGCAGUUAUAGCGGUUUCGUCGACUAAUGCUCUAAUUUAUAGGAACUAUUUAAAAAAUCCUUCUUCGUCUUACGAGUUGAGUUCUCAUUUAGAUGUGCCGUCAGCUAUUAUAAACGCAACAUAUAAUUUCUGGGAUGAAGAAAAAGAUUCUCGCGUAGUCUACGAGAAGAUAUUUGACAUUAAAGAUCGAUACAAUCUAGCUCAAGUAGAAUUUUUGCCAUUUAUUACCUUGGGUACAGAUUUAGAUACUACGUAUACAUCUAAGGAAGAUGAACGACAUUUAAUUAUGCCUUUUCGACAAGGCGAUACAGUAGGCGGUAUAGUGAUGGGUGAAGUUACAAUAGAGAAACUUACAGUCACAGUAACUAGAGACAUUUAUGUCACGCCUGGUAGCAAAUUACAUAUUCAUCCAGAAGCGAAACUCCUGUUUAAACCUUUCAUAGGUAUGAUGGUUCAAGGAGAACUGCAUAGCGAAGGAAGAGAAGGUCGGGAAAUUGUCUAUUCUAUUGCACCAUCCACAUAUUCGGGAAUAGUAAGCACAAAUGUUUAUCUUUCUAAUCAAACUGAAGGUAAAUUAGAAGUGCAAAUAGAUGGUAUAACGGGAAGUGUUUGCUCUUAUGGAUGGGAUAUUCAGGAUGCGGCUGUUGUUUGUCAUCAGUUGGGAUUGGUAUUGAAUCCUCACGACUGGUUAUUGGAAAGAUCUCAAUUUCAUUCUGGCAAUAAGCCUAUCGUUUUAAGUAACGUACAAUGUACAGAAUUGGACACCGACUUGACUAAUUGUAAAGCGGAAAGGAUGCAAGAUUUUGAAAAUUCUUGCAUGGAAGAAGUAGGAAUUCGCUGUUAUCCUCAAUCUUGGGCAGGGCUGAGACUUGGAAUGAUUGCUAAAGAAAGUUUACUUAAACAUAUCAUAAUAGAAAAUGCAGGAAUUUUUGAUUAUACAACGCACAAUUUUAAACCAGCCUUGCAAGUGGACUUUAAUCAUCAUAAAUUAGAAAAUAUGAUAAUUCGUAGAAAUUCUGAUUCCGGUUUGGGCAUUAUGUGGAAUGACAUAUUUUAUAAUUCUGACAGACGUAAAGUGAUAGACAGUGAGAUGCUUCAUAAUGUUAGGCAUGGAAUAGUAACACAUUCUCAGGGAUUGCAUAUUACCAGAUGUAAUCUACUUAAGAAUUCCGAGAGUGGAGUUCAUUACGAUCCUAUGUUUACUAGAGACGAUCAGAGAGAUUUGAUUUCCUGGAUUAAUAAAGACGAUAAAAAUUUAUUUAUCACAAUUCCCGAAGAUAUCAGAAACGGUAAAAUUUCAGUAGAAAGGGAGAGGAUGUAUCUGGUUUUCAAGCCAAUUGAAGAAAUGAAACCUGAAUAUAAAUUCCAAAUAUCGGCAAACGUUGGACAAAAAUUAGGAAUUAUGGUAAUUAGCCCAUUUAGUAGUCAUUCCACUGAAGAAAUGAUCAUACUCAGGCCGGAUGUCUAUAAUUUCUAUAAUUCUGAACGCUUCAUUUUGGAUUUGAGAAAAAAUUUAACGUCUUUCCCUUUACGUAAUCCCAGUUAUUCUGUAGAUGUUGAAUAUCGUCCAGGUGAUCGCCCCGAUUAUUCUGCCAUAUUGCAUAUUACUCGAUUAGAAGGGGAACAUCAUGAUGAUGAUGAUAAUAUUUAUUUGAAAGUAACUUCAUCAGAAAUAUCAGAGUGCGGAAAAGGAAUUUCCAGUAAUCAUUACAAUUCAGAUUUUAGCGAUAAUGGUGAUCAUUAUCAUCGCUAUAGUAAUGAGACAAUUAUAGUCGAAGACGUGCGGAUAAAACAUUCCAAAGACAAAGCAUUGUUCGUCUGGACGCCAUUUUGGGAUCCAUCUUUAUCCAAUUUAGCGGAGAUCAAUUACACACUUUUAAGAAAUACUUUCGAAAACAAUGCGGAUGGCAUCGUGCAAUAUAACAGAAAUAUACGUAACUCAAAAAAUUUGUUUCAUUGGACUAUAAACGAUACGCACAUGGUUAAUAAUUUAGGAGGUGGUAUCGAUGUCAGAUUGCCUUUUGUGUGGCAAUAUUCUGAAAAUUAUACUCAUUCUUUCGUUAUGCACAAUACCUCAUUUUCUAACAAUGAGUUCUUUUCAUUUUCUUUAUCUGGACACUUUUCAAGAGUUAAUAUGACGAAUAAUACUUUUUUCAGAAAUAUUUGUAAGAAAGGUUUGAUGAGUUUAUCCGGAAUGGAAAAAGAAACAUUAAUGGAACAUAAUUUGUUCGAGUUAAAUGCUUGUAAAUAUAUUGUUGAUUUUAAUAUGGAAAGUCACGCCGACAAAUUUGGGACAGUCAAUGCUAAUUUUCAAAGAAAUAUAUUGAGGAAAAAUAAUGUUAAUAAUUCUCCAUCGGUUCGUAAUUACGAACCUUAUAGUUACAGCGUGGCCAUCAGAGGAGUUCAACAGAUUAACAUGACUCGCAACAUAUUAGAUAAUCCAUAUUUAGAGUAUGAAUUUAUAGCGGGUAUACACACCGGUUCAAUAGAAAAUACGAUUAACGUUGCCGAAAACUGGUGGGGAACAGUGAAUCAUACGUUUAUUAAAAACAGAAUUUUUGAUUUUGACGAUUGGAACAAUUUUGCUAUAGCUGACUAUUUUCCAUUUCUAUCAAGCGAAUCCGUCGAUGCAUUCACUUAUCCUCCUCCUGUUUAUACCGAAUUUCCAAACUUGGAUUUACCAUUGGGUGGACGAAUCGACAAGUCAUUAACACUCAGAAAAAGGAACACGCCUUACAUUGUUAAAUCUGAUUUGACCGUUUUGCCUAAUGUGACACUUACUAUCGAAGCAGGAGUGACAAUGGAAUUCUAUCCAAGUAUAGGUAUAUUAGUUUUGGGAAAUUUAAGAGUAUUGGGCAGGAUAAAUGAUCACGUUAUUCUGAAACCUAUAAAAAUAGAAUCUUUACCUCGCUUCAGACGAGUGAGUCCUCGAUUAAGCUCCGACGUCAGACUAUGUAUUGAUGAGGAAUGUAAGGAACGACGAAAGGACGGAUUUCUAGAGAUAUUUAAUAAAACUACUCUUCAAUGGAUUCCGGUCUGCGAUCGUCGUUUUACCGAACGUAAUUCGGAAGUAGUUUGUCGUCAGUUGGGUUAUAGCACGUUCAACGUUCAUCUACGACGAGGUCAUAGAUUCGACGUCGAUUUAACAAGUUUGAGUCGCUUCAAAUAUUGGCCUCAUCCCUUAGAAUGUUCGGGAGACGAACCAAAAUUAACAGAAUGCGAAUUUAGAUUAAAUGGUUAUAGCGAUCAUUCUUACGAUUGUUCCGAUCUAGAAAGUUUUGUAUACAUCUAUUGUGGAGAGGAUAGUUUGAGCGAAAGAUACACACGCUGGGGAGGAUUAAGAUUUUCACUUCCUAAUUUCGAAAGAAGUAAUCCGAAAUUCCAGUUGAAGUCUAGACAAGAAUCUUCUACGGCUAUACUCAAUCACGUAGAGAUACAAGGGGCUGGAAUAUUACAUGGCGAAAACAAUGCCGCUCUUCAAGCAGUAUUACGAGAAAUUCAGAUGGACGAUGUGAGAAUUACGGAAAGUGCAUCUCACGGUGUCGAAAUCAUAGGAUCUUCUGGAAGUAUUUUUUUCAAUAACAUGAUUAUAGAGCAUAAUCUCGGAAUGGGUAUCAAUUUUCUAACUCUGAUCGGAGAAACUUCUCAGAAGUCCGAUUUGAAAUAUAAACCAUUAAAGGCUAUCAGUUUCCCGUAUAAUGUCUUCGGAAUGGUCAGUGUAUGUGAUACGAAUAAAGAAAUGGUCGUGCACGAACGAAUACUUUUAUAUUAUAAAUACGACAAUAAGCCAGUCGAUUGUGUUAAGAUAUUUAGCAGCGCUCAUUAUAUUAAAUCGUUAGGUUUUCGACUUUUGCAAUUUAAUUUAUUUAACGCUACCGAUUACGCCGCUUCGCCAGAUAUGAUCAAAAUCAUCGACGGAGAUAUAUUUAACGAAAGUAUGCCUGUGAUAGCGCAAUUAGGAGUAUGGAAUAAGAGCAUCGAUAUGUCAUCCGAAACGAAAUUUUAUAAAUCGUCCGAAAGUACACUUAGUGUGCACUUGCAUGCAUCCGGAGCCAGUGGCAUUCAUGGUUUUAUUGCCGAGAUCGUUGCUUUGCCUCCUUUCUAUACUGGAAUGGAUCGCGGAGUGAUGCACAACGUAUCCAAUUCUAAAAUAUCUCGAAAUGUUUUGAACGCUAUUUCUUAUAGAAGUGCCGGAGAAAUUGCUCCCAUAAUAACAUUUAAAUAUAACCGCAUAGAAAACAACGGCAAAGAAUUUUUUGGCAAUUUCACAUCGACUAAUAGUUCCGUGCUGUUGGACGUAAGAAACGCGGAUGAGUUUGUUGCACACAACAAUUUAUUUCUGUCAAAUCAAGGAGGAUUGCACAUUUAUGCGGAUUCCGAAGGAAACGUUCCUUCUUUGGAUGGAAUAGUGACCAACAACUUAUUUAUCAGAAAUAAAAACAGAGAAGUGUUGUUAAUUAAAGGUGAAAAUACUUAUCAAGAAGUCAAAAUCUUCCGCAAUUAUUUCACAAGAAAUUUCUCACCGUAUUCGAGUAACAUAAAACUUACGCGAAUAACGUCCGAAUUUUCAUCUAAUGUGCUAUAUAAUAAUACAGGAAUUCACCAAUUGUCAGUUUUCGAUUUCGAGGGGACUUCUUCUAAUCAACGCUGUAUAAAAAAUUAUUUUUUUGAUAAUAAAGCAGUCCAACCGGAUGAAAGAAGCACUAUAGUGGCUGCUAAUCCUUACCAAAUCUUCCACAAUAAUUAUUUAGUUAAUCCCGAUAAUGAUUACGAACUGGCCACCGUAAACCAGUCCAGAUACAUCAAUUCUUUAAAGAAUAAGAACGAAUUCUAUCACGCUUAUAUUGAUGCUUCUUAUAAUUGGUGGGGUUUUGAAAGUUUAACGGCAGUUCAAGGAAGAAUCAAAGAUCACGACGACUUCGAGGAUUUCUUAAAAGUCAAAUUUCAUCCAUAUUUUAAAGAUAAUUCUUCGGUUUUAAGUGGAAAAUGCGCCGGUGGAUGGCAUAAAGUUGGAUCUACAUGUUUCAUGUAUGUUGGGGGAAUAAUGACUUAUAACGAAGCUAAAAAGUUAUGCGAGUCCGAUAACGGUUCGAUUCCCUACGUAAAAAGUAAUCACGAGGAACUGAGUAAUUUUGUUAAGACUCAGCAAAUAUAUUAUAAGCGAAGUAUUAAUCGCUUCUGGGUACAAUCUAUCGACAUACCUCUAAGACGCUGCGCAAUCUUACAAGACGAAACGGUGCGAGAACAUAAUUGCGACGAUUACUUACCCUUUCUCUGCGAAAGAGACCCGCAAAUCAUCAUAACGGCACAGCAAUGGUAUCAAGAACCUCUAGCCAUAGCAGCAUUGACAGUUGCUGCCGUAGCGGCGAUAUUUACAAUCGUGUGCGUGAGUUUCUGGCUGUGUAAAUCUCGCCAACGAUACAGAGAAAAAUUAAGUAGAAGAAAUUCCAUCAGAGCAUCUAUGAGAUCUAAUCGUUCUCUUACGAGUGCCGGUUACGGUAAUAUAUGUUACAACAGGAGGUUAGAACAACCAGCCAAACUAGAUAUCACUUCAGAGAAGAAAAUAAACGGGAGUAUCGAUUCAAUCGAGAAGUCGCCUUCUCGAUUCAGUUGUUCUCUGGAUGAUACGCACAGUUACGAUACUUCGGAAACUCAAAACCAACCCGUUUUCGAUACCAGAUUCAACGACAUACAACUAGAAAACGAAACGGCCAAUACUUUAGUAAGACCCACUUUCGAUUUAACCUACAAGAAUAACGGAUUCGUAGAGCGAUCGGAAGAAUCUAGAGAUUGGAGCACGGGAAGUGAUUCUACUCUGAACAUGAAGAGGACAUUAGAACAGGAUAACCGUGAAAGCAAAGACGAAAUAUAUCAAAGCACUCCGUCCAUGUAUAAUACCACGAGUAGCAGCAGUAAUUACGAUUCUAAAAGACCUCUAGAAACCGCCAUGUGAUAAAACAAAGUGCCUAAAGAUAAUCUUAAACACUGCCUUAUUCAAACUCGUGUUCCUCUUCUCUGUCGAGAAUUUUUCUGUACAUAGAAACGUUACUCCAAUGGGAUAAAUCCAUAAAUGAUGUGUGCUAACUUUUUUUUAUUUAUUGACUUGAUUUGAAAAUAUUCAAUAUUUUCAAAAUGAAAAUACCAGCAAUCACGGAAUUAAAACAGUUAAGUGAAUUCCGUCUUAUGUUAUAUACGAAACAGUUGAUUUUCUUACAUAUAUAAUUGGAAAAAAUGUACAAAAUGAGAAGUCAACAUCAAAUUUGUAAAGGAAAAAUUUUAAACCGUAUUCUUUAUACAUUACUUAAAUUUUAUGUGGAUCUUUUGAUA